ACGCAUUUGCUGGAAGGAACAACAAAAGUGAUCCAGGGAAUUACAUUUCUAUUUUUAUAUAUAAUUUAAGCUCAGUCGUUGGUUAAUUGCAAAAAAAAUGGCCGAUGAUGAAGAUGAUUACAUGUCUGACGCCUUCCUGAACCAAAUCCCAGAUGUUCGUCCUGGCGUCCCGAUGGUGAAGCGUGUGAAGGAAGCCAUGAAAAAGGAGGCUCUACAGAAAGAGAAAAACACACAGAACCGCCAGAAGACCUAUAAAGAGCAGGAGCGAGAGAGUCGAGAUGCUGCGCUGCAAAGCUCCAUAAGCAGCCAAAAUAAAGGCUUUGCGUUACUGCAGAAGAUGGGAUAUAAAGCAGGACAAGGCCUGGGAAAAGAGGGUGCUGGACGGGUCGAGCCGGUCCCUUUGAACAUCAAAACAGACAGAGGCGGCAUUGGAAUGGAAGAGCUCAAGAAGAGGAAAGCAGACGAGGAGCUUCAGAAUUACCGGAGAAAAGUGCAAAUGAAACAACAUGUGGAAAAGAAAUCAAUAGAGGAUUUCAGAGUGCGUAAGAGAACCGAAAGAGAGGAGCGUCAAAUACAGGGCGACCUGAGGAAGAGCCAGCGGGCCUGUGAGCAGCUCGACAGCCAGAAGGGCAUCACUGUUCCCAGAGACAGCUGGUACUGGCCUGAAGUAGAGAAAGAUGAAGAGGCAGAGCUUUUGGAGGAGGAAACCAACCCAGAGGGAAGUGACGACGAGGAGGAACUAACACCUUUAGACAAGCUGCAGUUUCUCACCUUGUAUCUUCGAGGAGUUCAUUUUUACUGUAUAUGGUGUGGGACGGCAUAUAAUGAUGAGGAGGAUUUGAGCUCAAACUGUCCCGGUGACACGGCAGCAGAUCAUGACGACUAGAGCGACCUGCAAUAUUCUAAAACACCUGUUUUUAUUGUUUUUGACAUUUUGGCAUAGCUGUUUAAUAUUUAUGUUUUCUUAUUCAUCCAUUAAAUGUUGCGUUGAUAUUUU